AUGGCGGAGGCGGCGGUGUCGGAGGCGGCGGUGUCGGAGCCGGGGCCCGAGGCGGGCGCGGAGCGGGUGCUGCGGGCGGCGGCGCGGGGGCUGGGGCUGGCGGCGGGGCGCGGCGCGGCCGGGGCGGCGCUGCAGGGCUUCCUGCGCGGGGCGGCGCCGGCGCUGCUGGCCUGGCGCGGCCCCGACGGGCACCUGGCGCUGGGGCCGCCGCCGCCGCCCGCCCGCCGCAAGGCCCUCUUCUUCCUGCGGGGGCCCGGCCCCGGGGAGCCGCUCUGCGGGGACCUGCCCGCCGACAUCCUGCCGCACUUCGCCGCCCUGCUGGAGGAGGUGAGCAGCGGGCAGGCGCGGGCAGAACCGGCAGCAGCGGGCAGAACGGGCAGCAGUGCCCCGCACCCCUCGGGCUGUGCUCAGCCAGUGAGACCUGGGCAGGGGAUCCUCGGCAAGGGCAGGGUCCUGCCCUUGGGGAGGGACAACCCUCUGCAGCAGGAGGAGGUGAUUGUGCCCAUCCUGACCAACAAGAACAACCAUCAGGGCUGGCCAAAAGUGGUGUCGCAGGACCUCACCCGCCACGUCCACAAGCUCAGGAGCACUGUUUUCAAGGUCCUUGGCCAAGUAAAGGGCAAAACCCUGCUGCCCCUUCCAGCUGGCUCUGAGGGCAUUGAGGACAUUGAUCUGGGCAGUGAGAAAUGCUUGGAGCUGGUAGACAAAUCUCUUGUGCGUGCUGCUGAGUCAGCCAUCUUGGACUGGAGCUGCCAGAUCCAGGAGACACUGAAGAAAGAAUCUUUAGAGCCUCUGUUGCAAGGCAGAAACCCCAACCCGAAGGUGGAACUGGAGUUCUGGAAAAGCAGGUGUGAGGACCUGGAAUGCAUUUACCAUCAGCUGAGAACCAGGAGGGUCAGGAACAUGCUGGGGGUGCUGGAGAGAGUUGAGAGCAGCUAUGUCCCAGUCUUCAAGGCCGUGCUCAUGGAUGUUGAGGCAGCUCUAAGUGAAGCUCAGGACAUUCACCUGCACCUGGCACCUCUCAGGAGACACCUGGAGGGUAUCGAGGCUGUGGAAUUCAGCAAGGUGAAGCCUCUCCUGCUGCCUCUGCUCCACGUGGUGUGUUUAAUCUGGGUCAGCUGCAAGAACUACAGCACGCCCAUGAAGAUAGUUGUGCUGCUCCAGGAGAUCUGCAACCUCCUCAUUCAGCAGGCCCAAGUGUACCUGGCUCCAGAAGACCUUCUGAAAGGGGAGAUGGAGGAGAGCCUGAGCAAGGUGCAGACGGUGCUCAGCAUCCUGAAUGGGUUCAAAGGGGCGUUUGAGGAGAGAAGGGAGCAGCUGCACACCUACUAUGAACCAGGCCAGGAAGUGAGGCUGUGGGACUUCCAUGCCAGCAUGGUGUUUGCCAGGCUGGACAGCUUCCUGAGGAAGCUGCAGAUGGUGGAGGGUCUCCUGACCACUGCCUUAGACCUGAGGAAGCUGGAGAAGCUGGAGUUCAGUGGAGUUAAAGGGAAGGCCCUGGGCCAGCAGGUGCUGGACAUGUAUGAGGAGUUCCAGGAGGCCUACAAAGUGUUUGCAGAGCGAACCUACAACUGCCUCGACCUGGCCAACAUGGAGUUUGAGCAGGACGCCUUUGCCUUCCAGCAGAAGGUAGAAGACAUCGACCUGCGCCUGGGCACUGUCUUCAGCCAGGCCUUCAAUGAUGCUUCGGACCUGGAGCACACCUUCAAGCUGCUGGACAUGUUUGGAAGCCUCUUGCAGCGCCCAGCGAUCGCUGCAGAUGCUGCUGACAAAUUCUCUCUCCUGCUCCACAUGGUCAGCAGUGCCCUGGACCACGCUCGGCUCCUCUACUCCAGGCACAUCAAGGCAGAGCAGGAGCUGGGCCGUGCCCCCGUGCACAAGAACAUGCCACCAGUAGCUGGAGCAGUGUGCUGGGCUCAGGAGCUGCGGGCACGGAUCCAGCUGCCUCUGGGUCACUUGAGGAGCCUCCCGCGGCCCUGCCUGGACCCUGCUGAAGAAAGAAGGGUGCUGGAGAAGUAUGAAGGACUGAUCCAGCUGCUGGACAGGUAUCAGGAACAGCUCUACAGGGACUGGUCCCAGGCAGUCUCUGAGCAAUCCCAGCACAGCCUCACUCAGCCUCUCCUCCGUCGAGAUCCAGACACCAAACUGCUGGCAGUGAAUUUUGACCCACAGCUGGUUUCAGUGCUGAGGGAGGUGAGAUACCUGUCUGGCAGCCAGCUGGGAGCCAUCCCACCCACCGCGGCAGAGAUCUAUUCCUGCAAGGACUCCUACCGGCAGAUGGUGGCCAGCCUGGAGCUGAUGGUGAACAGAUACAACAAGGUCCUGCAGACAGUGCUGGAGGUCGAGUACCCUCUGAUCCAGGGGCAGCUGCAGGAAAUCGACCUGAAGCUGAGAGCAGCAGAAGAAACCCUGAACUGGAAGACAGAGGGUGAGCUGGCCCUGAGCUGA